GGGAGGAGAGGAGGAGGGGAAAGCUCCUAGCACUCAGCCCAGCUGUUGCAGCAGUGAGGAAGAGGAACAGGCAUAGCAGAGACUACAGCUCACUUCAGCAGCAAGAGCAGAAAACCUUAAGCAAAGAAUUCAUUGUUCUUACCUCAGCAGCUGUGCAAUGAACACCUACAUUUUUAGCUACUAUUUAAUCCAGUUCUGUGGACAUUCUUGGAUAUUCACUAACAUGAUCAUCCGGUUCCUGUCUUUUGGGGAAGAUUCUGUUGCAGAUACUUUCUAUUCGAUUGGACUUGUGAUGCGUAUUUGCCAGUCAUUGUCUAUAUUGGAGCUCUUGCAUAUCUGGCUUGGUCUCGAGGAAGCCCUUUUCCCCCCAAGGCUUUUACAGAUCACAGAAAGAAUUAUCACCUUAUUUGUUGUGAUUGCCAGUCAAGAAGAAGUUCAAGGGAAAUACAUUGUGUGCAUCUUAUUUUUCCUUUGGAGCUUUAUUGAUGUAGUCAGAUACACUUAUGGUAUGUUAGGAGCAACGGGGAUAUACUUUAGAGGACUGACAUGGCUACAUUAUACACUGUGGAUUCCUUUAUAUCCUCUGUCAGUGUUGGCUCAAGCCUUUGUCAUAUAUCAAUCACUGCCUCUCUUUGAAACCUCUGGCACUUAUUCUGCACAGCUGCCAUUUCCAGUUGCCAUACCUGUCUACUUCCCCUAUGUACUAAAAAUAUAUAUGGCAAUAUUGUUUGGAGGUGCAUACUUCAUUGUCCGAUAUCUCUACUCAGAACGGAAGGCUCUUCUAGAAAGCUGUACUAUCAAAACAAAGAGAAGCUAGUUCAUAUUUUCUUUGGACAACAAGGAAAAUGGCUUGGGAUGUCUUGCUGGUAAACACACAUCAUGAUACUUAGUUCAGAUUAUAAUUUUAAAACAAUUUACCAAGAGAAACCAACACUUGGGACACUUCCAACUUAAAGAAGUAUGCCAUGGAAUUGUUUGAUAACUAGUCUCCUUUCAAAUCAGAUUUGCAUUGAGAGUGUGAGCACACAGACGUAAUUUCAAUAAGGUGCAGAAUUGUCUUUUUAAAAAAACGAAUCCUAAACCCUAUGUAGGUACAUAGGAGACACCCUUAUACCAAGUCAGAUCAUUGGCCCAUCUAGCUCAGUAUUGUCUGCUCUCACUGGCAGUGGCCUUCCAGGGUUUCAGACAGACAGAGGUCUUUCCCUGUCCUACUUGGAGAUGCCAGGGACUGAACCUGGGGACUUCUGCUAGAGUUCAAAAUUGAAAUAACAGAUUGGAUUGGAUGGAAUACCCAUGAUGUGCUCAGACAAGAUUUCUGUUGCCUAGUUAACAUGUAUAAUGUUCCUGGGCUAUACAUACAUCUUCAAGAUUGGCAUUUUAGUUGUGUUUGAAUGUUAUGUUGGCUGAAUUGGGAUGCUCAUGUCUUACUUUUCCAAACCAAAUCUAACAACAGAUUCAAAUAUUUCAUCCUUCAGAUUAAUGUUAUAAAAGCUCAGUAGAAAGAGUUUAUAGUAUGAAUCUAUUUUUUAAAAUUCCUGAUGUGAUACAUUGAAGUCAAUAGAACACUGAAAUGGGGAAACUUCGCAAGAAAAUUGUUGCAGUGGAUGCCUUUUUCAGCACACCAGGGAGAAAUAAUUACAUUCAUUUCACUUGUAUUAGCAAUUCAUCCGAAGGCAGAGAAUGUUAUAAUAAUGUUCCCUGUCACCCCAAAACUUCCUUAAUAGCAGAUCUCUUUCUUGUGCCCACAUGGUACACUGCAGCAAGUUUGUCAUGUGAUUUUGAGGAAUACCCAAGGAGCUACAAAAUCAACACUAUGAAGGUCUGAGUCACAUAUAGCCCUAUUGUAGUGAGGUUGUGUACCCUUUCCUACCAUUCCUCCAAUUCUUAAUGCGAAUUGAGGCCGGUAUGCAAAAAUGCAGACUGAUGUGAUGCAUUUUCCUCACAUUUGUUUUUCGUUGUAGUGAAUACAUGUGAAAUCCAUGCCCCACUUUGGGAAUGCUAAAGGUUUGACUCCCUUGCCCCCCGCCCCCAUGCUAUAUCAUAAACUGAUUUUGAAACUCUUCUCAUUUUCAGAAUAUAACAUGACUAGCUGUUUGAGAAAUACAAGUCAAAAUCUCCCACUGGGUAUACAGAAUUUGUCAUGUUCUCCCUGCCUCCCACAAUCUAGGCUAUACCUUUUUGUAUAUUAAAUGUUUUGUAUUAAACUUUAACAUAUAAAACACAUUCAACAGUCCAAAUUUCAAGAUAAUGUUUUUAAUUUUGCCACCAGAUUAUAGAAAAGUUAUAUCCAGUAUAUCAUAAAGGCUUUGUGCAUGUCUGUAAACACACUCUGUUCUUCUGUACAUUUCACAAAAUGAAACACUGCAGUUCAAAUUUAAAGCAAGCUUUUACGAAGGCAAAAAAAAAAAAGUAAUGAAAUGUCCUUGCUUUUGAUCAAAUCAAAACAAAUGUAUGUGUGCACUCAGUCAGCGUAGUUAAGCAUUUUCUUCAGGAAAGACAGCAAUCCCUCUGGAACGGAAGCUCUGUUAUACUUACUCCAUAGCAUAUAUGCUCUUUAAUACUACUUUUGACACUUUAGUAGGUCUAUUUCUCUCACUAGUUCAGAUCUGCGGCAUAAGCAAAAAUGCCAUACUGUGGCUACCAACCAUAGGCCUUUGUCCAUAUUGCUUUUUUCUUGAACUCUGGGAGAGCUCUCAGGGCCAACAGUGAAGCUAAGAAAACAAAGAACGUUUAUAAUGUUAAUCAACACUGCAAGGGCAAUCACCUUCAUAGUUAUGUUUAAGUAUAUACUGAUGUGAAAAACAACCACCCCGAACUGUUUCAUUCAGACUCCCCAGAGCACAUGCAAUGUUUAAAAUAAAUAAUGUAAAGAAUGACUGUGGCAGCACAUAAGAGGAGAAUGAUAUACAUUCUGUUUGCCAAUACUCAAGACUAGGGAUCCAUACAACUUCAGAUAAGACUUUAAGUCAUGCCAAAUCAAACUCCUCUGGGUCCGUCUGAAGCCCUAAAGGGGUGCGCUAGGCCAGCUACAAGCUGCAGCAGUUUUUCGUUGCAAAUGGAAGUGGAGCUAACAUGUUCUGCUAAGAGGUGCCUUUCUGACCUAAGCUGAUAGAUGAGUCAGUACUACAACAACACUGCUUACUAGGAUGUGAGCUGCUAUUUAAGUGCAAGAAAAUGGGUCAGCCAUUAUGGCCACGUGAAUACUUGGUACACAAGGUAUGGAUCAGGUUCCAAUACAGGUGUUCUGGUAAAGUAAGUUUAAUUUGUUCUUGUUUCUACAUAUUUCUCCACAUCAGCUGUUUGCAUCAAAGGGCAAGUUAUAAAAUUAAGACAGAACAUCUUCAUCUUCAGCAAGCUAUUAGUCAACUUGGGCCAAAUGCAUGACACCUAAACGUAUCUGAAAGGUUUCACCACAUCUGCUUCGAAAUAAAUUCUAUUGAGAACACCAUGGCAUAUUUUGA